GGUCUGGGGUCUGCUGGAAAAGUUGGUUUAAAAUUUAGUAGUGUUCGAUCGAAUCAAAGUGUUAUUAAGUAAUUAAAGUGCUGUGAUUGGGACGGUGCGGUUUGUACUUUCGAAUGGGUGGUAAUUAAGUAAAACAAAUUGAACAUAUUGAAAGUGCUGACUUUUGGUCGUAAAAUUAUAAACUUGGUGAACAACUAAAACAAUGACUGCGGAGUCAUUAAAGCCCUUUCUGAACACACCCAAUCCCUUGGGUGCUUUGUCCAAAGAUUGUCCUGAGAAGAAAACAGUGAGAAAAUGUCUACUUAUUAGUGGUUCAGCGGUUUUGCUCGUUUUAGUGGUUGCUGUUCUAGGACUUGAGAUAUGGAAUAUCAACAGAAUUAAUGAACUACAGCGAGAGGUGAACAACCUGAGGCAGCAAACGCAGGAACUGCGGAAUCUACGAAUCGAGAAUCUGGAGGAUUUUAGCGACUUCGAAGAAGCGUACGAAAACGAAGUCCACCCGCUACCGGACGAAUAUAGCGAAGAACCGUACGAAGGUGAAAGUGACAUCGAGGAGGGCAGCACCAGCGUGUUCGGCAUUCCGGACUACCGGCUGGAUGACAUGGAGACGGAAAUUAGCGUGACGGCCAGCAACACACUGCCGGAUGGAAAGCGCAAAGCUCGCUCAAUUACCGGAAUGACCUACCAAGGAGUGCCGAUUCUGGACGAACCAUACAUGAACCGACAGCUCAAUCGCACUCGACAUCACCGUCUGCACCAUCACCAGCAGCAACAGGAACAACGGUACCGCGAGACGCAGUACCAGCAAAUGCGUCAAAGGCCGGAGGAAACGGCGACUCCACCGCCGCAGCUAAAACUGAAGUGGGACGAUGAAAGCAGGGAAAUUCCAGCACAUCAGCAGACGAACGGCGCUGCCGCAUCCGAUAGGCAGCAAUUUUCUCCGCGACGACAUUCGAAUUCGCUCCGGUCGAGCUCCUCGCAGCAGCCUUCCACCCCGUCCUACGUUCGGCAGAAUGAUUUUGACAAAAAUGAGAAGCUUGUGCAAGGUGUACCGCAAAAUCUAGUUGGACCGGAUUUUACUACCAAACUGCCGGGACCGUUCCUUGAUCGGCGCAGCCGAGUUAUGCUAACCAAUGGAGAAAAUAAAUAUCAGAAAGUUAUCAAGAAUCCAGGAACCUAUAUGGAAUCCCGUAAACCACCGGUUCAGCGAAUAGGACGAAUCAUGCGUAAAUCGGCAGGUCCGGCCCGCGUCACUGCUCUGCACUUGGCCAAAUAUCACCCGCACUACAGCAGCCACCGUGCGACAAAUCACGUCAACUGGCACUGGCUGCCGGUGGAUAAAGCCAACCAGGAUGCUCUCAGCAGUGGCCACUUCAAACUCUCCCAUAACGGUACUCUGACUGUCAACGACACUGGACUGUACUUUGUUUAUGCACAGAUAACCUAUUCCGACCAACAUCCGAUCAGUGGUUUCAACAUUGUGGUUAACGGUCGAAAUCACGUGUCCUGCUCGGUUCACGGCCAGCAUGGCAAAAAGACGAACACAUGUUACACGGCAGCGCUGAUAGAUCUGGAUAAUGGAGCCCAACUGGAAGUCAAAGAUGUGGACGAAGGUCGCAUCCAUUUGCCCUUCCAGGAGAAAACGUUCUUCGGACUGUACAAACUGGGCAGACGGCCGCUGGCCUAUGUUUAAUCGCUAACCCGAGAAACCUGAGAGUUUAAUCUUCUUUUGUAUAUAGAAUAGUUUUCAGAGAGCUAAUAAUAUUUGUCUUGUCUUGUUAUUAAUACGAGUAUGUAUUGAAUGUGUUAUUGCUCGCACUGUCGUGAUAUUUAUACGGAACUCAU